AUGGGGCUUGAUAAGGUGAAGUUGGAAGAAAAUGUUUCUCAACAUCUGAUUCAAAUUGAGGAGAGGCUGUGCUCCAAGUCCCGUGGGACUCUGGGUGGAAAGUUCCUCUGGAUUUCUAGAGAUGGAAAAUUACUGACUGCUGGGCUCUGGCAGGAGAAGGGUAACAAGCAUCUGGGCAUGGCGAUGGAGACUCUUUUUGACAGCGCGGCUCCUCAGGCACAACAGGCCUUUCUAUCAAAGCUCAUUUGGACUCACCAUGCUUUUCCCCCUCCCUCCUCCUUUCUCUCCAAAGCUGUCGUGUCUGUCGAUGGCAAGCCGGUGAGACUUCAGCUCUGCGACACAGCUGGUCAGGAUGAAUUUGACAAGCUCAGGCCUCUGUGCUACACCAACACGGACAUCUUCUUGCUCUGCUUCAGCGUGGUGAGCCCCUCGUCCUUCCAGAACGUGAGUGAGAAGUGGGUUCCUGAAAUCCGAUGCCACUGCCCCAAGGCGCCCAUUAUCCUGGUUGGGACACAGUCAGACCUCCGGGAGGAUGUCAAAGUUCUCAUUGAGCUGGACAAGUGCAAAGAAAAGCCGGUCUCGGAGGAGGCUGCGAAGCUCUGUGCUGAGGAAAUAAAAGCUGCGUCCUACAUCGAGUGCUCUGCUUUGACUCAGAAAAACCUCAAGGAGGUCUUUGAUGCGGCCAUCGUGGCUGGGAUUCAGUACUCAGAUACCCAGCAGCAACCAAAGAAAUCCAAGUGUAGGACUCCAGACAAGAUGAAAAACCUCUCCAAAUCCUGGUGGAAAAAAUACUGCUGUUUUGUAUAGGGGUUGCAGGGACCUGAGUGCUGCUCUGAGGAAAUCAAAUAGAGGCUAUAUUAGCUGAAUUCUCAUUCUGUGUUGUCCCGAGUGUAUAGUGUAGAUCUGUAUGUAUGUGUAUAUGUUGCCCCUGGAUAUCUCGGUUGCCCUUUUGAGGGUGGCAGAAGGAUUCUUAGUUAAAUAAGUGCUAUAAAUUGGGUCUGGCAUCCAGUUUCGUGAUUCAAACCUCUCACUAGGGAAGAAGAGCGCCACGUGUCUGUGAGGGUAGAAGGAUUUGUCCAAAGGAUUCGACUUCUGGUGUUGUAUGCGGUGGUGAGGAACAGACCAGAGGCCUUUGCUGCCAGGGCUUCGCAGGAGGAACGCACGAGCGACUGUGGAAACCGAGAGCUCUGUACGCGGACGGUCAAAGGGAAAAAUAACACUGUGCCUCCUAACUGACAUUCAUAGCUUUAAAACUCCACUCCUGCGCUCUUCUCCGUGUCUUCCCAAGCCAAUGCUCUUAGGGAUCGCUGUAAAAAGGGUAUGUGAGAGGUGUAAUCUAUACGCAAAUGCCAUGGUUUGGAAAGGUCAUGAAUAUACCUUCAGCAUGGGGUGAGGAAACCUAAUCCGUUAUGGAACUGACAUCUCGUUUGUCACCUCCUGACUGCGUGAACAGUCCUUUCUGUCCUCCUUUGCCUGCCCGUCCCAGGAAGCCGUGUGGAAGCCCAAGGAACAUGACCAAGCUUUAACUCGCUACCUCGAGCAGUGGCGAUUUCCUUUGUAUUUUUGCAGACAUGACGACAGUUCAUCUAUUUCAGCUGAAAGGAGUGUAAAUGCUGUUGUGUUGG